AUGGACUUCAAACUGAAGUUCGUCGCCAAGUCUGAGUUGACGCUUGAUGCGCGCCGGGAGCACCGGAUCAAUGCCAACUCGUUCCAGCAAGAUGCGCUGACAACCUUCAACGGUUGGCAGUACGCCUGUUUCUACACGCACAAGGACGCGUCCGGCAGUGUCCUCUUCGUCAGCCUUGCGCGACGCCCAGUUAGCCAAACUCUAGGUAGCUGGGAGACGUUGAGCUUUGAUGACUACGAGCAGACGCCGGACGACGGGCAUAACACCAUCUCCAUAGGUAUCUGUGCCGGGGAUGGAUCGAUCCAUGUCUCGUUUGACCAUCACUGCGACCCUCUGCACUACCGCAUGUCGAUACAAGGCGUAGCAACGAACCCGGAAGCGCAUGAGUGGAAGGCGUCAUUGUUUAGUCCGACUCGUAAUCAACUGCCGGGAUACACACGCACUGGUCAGCUAGGCGUCGAGAAGCUCUUCUUGGAGAUGACUUAUCCUCGCUUCAUCCGAAUCGAAGAUGACCUCCUCUUGACCUAUCGCAUUGGCAUGGCUGGAGCGGGGUCUGACCACCUCUUCAAAUACAGCAGCAGAUCCCAGUCAUAUUCAUACAUCGGACAGUUUCUCACGGGUGUCCAGAACAAUCCAUACAUCAACGGCAUCUCGUACGCCAACGGCCGCAUCCACGUGUCCGGGACCUACCGCGGGUUUGUCUGGUACGAAGGCGUCGACGAUCCGGAAGCGAGGCUGCACACGGUGCAGGCCGGUCCCAACGGUCCGGAAAACAACCACAAUUUGUUCUACGUAUGCAGCGAUGACGGCGGGAAAACAUUCAACAACACAAAGGGCGAACGGCUCGCGAACCUGGAACUCGGCGAGACAGUCUUUCCCGACUGCGACGGGCUGAUCGUCUUCGACAUACCCAUGAACAGCGGUAUCCUGAACCAGGAGGCACAGGCGGCCGACGACAGCGGCGGAUUCCACGUCUUGAACCGCGAGAAGGAAAUCUGGAUGCACUACUAUCGGAGUCCGCAGGGGAAAUGGAGCCGACACGCGCUGCCUCGCCUCCGGCCGACGCGGACAGGAGCACGCGGGGAUGUCAUCGCGCUGCCGGGGAAGAGCAUGGUUGUAUUCGCUUUGCCAGGAAAUCUGGAUGACAAGCUCACCGUCCUGGGCGUCCGGCUGCCUCUGGAGGACGUGGCGACCGAGGAGACGAGGCUGGAAUAUGCCACGCUCUGGGAAGGCGACGGGUAUUCCGGCGAGCCGCAGCUUGAGACGUUCGAGUCAGGGUCGCAGCGGUUGGUCUCUCUAUUCACUCGCACAGAAGAGGAGGAAAGAAAGGUGGUUGUCUUGGACUUUGCCUUGGAAGAGGCUGCUUAA